UUAGCUGUACUUCACUAUCACUAGCCGGCAUACUAGUCACUAUUGCAAGGCAUUGAAGAUAUGGUACACAUACGGAUCAACGAAAAGACAGCAAAUCCUAAUCCCUACGUCAACUUCGUUUCCGUACUACCGGUGGGCGAUGCGACGACGGAGGAUCAGGCUCGUCAGAUCUUGCAAGCACUCGCGGCGCAGGUGAAGCCCAUAAUGAAGGAACAUGGAUUUACAGUGAACAGUCUCGAAGAGUACGAAUUCAACCACGUCUUUAGCGGGAGAAACUGGAAUAACGGUGAAACCAUCGAACUUGUUCUUCGAGGGGCGAAUGGUUCAUUCCUACCGGUCCACUGGUUAAUGAGUACCCUAUGCCACGAGCUUGCUCACAUCAAGCAUAUGAAUCAUGGUCCUGCAUUCCAGAAUCUUUGGCGGUGGCUGCGUCAGGAGGUCCGGGACCUCCAGAAUCGGGGAUAUUUCGGGGACGGAUAUUGGUCGGCUGGAAGAAGAUUGGCGGACUCUGCUGAAGUUGCCGGGCAAGGUAUUCAAGCGGGAAAUCUACCGGAGUAUAUGUGCGGUGGUGCCCACUCCAGAGUCCGUCCAGUGCGAGGUUACCGAUCGGUCGCGGUCGCUGGUCCUUCUCUCCACACAGGUGCACAAACAACCAGGAAACGCAAGACGGGAUCUCGAGUCACAAGUUCGAGUGCGUUCCCGUCUACCGGGAAAGUACUGAACGAUGACCUUGCCCACGAGAUGAAGGCCGUCGGAACUGGUUUCCGAAAGCAAGCCGCAAGUAAACGUGCGCGAGAGGAACGAGCUUUGGCUGCCGAAAAGCGAGUGCGUUCUCUUCGAGCACCUGCUGCCUCAAUAUUGCCGCCCACAGUGAAGAGAGCUUCUGAGUUUGAGGAAGAGGAGAUUCCCGCUGAGACAGACGAGGACCGGCGUCGGACCCUGUUGGAAUCGGCAGACCAGCAAGAGCUGGACUCGUUGAAAGCGACCAACUAUGAUUUUUCAGAUGGUUUCCUGCUGCCGCGUGAUACGUCAGAAGAUCGGCGCGCUUGCCAAACUCACACCAUUGGCCCCAGCACUGCGAGCGACGACCGGACGCAUUCGUCUUUCGAACAUGGCAAUAGGAAGAAACGGUCGUUAAAUGACGUUCCUUCACCCUUGUCUCAUAAGAAGCAGAGAACACUGAACGCUGAGAGCCCAAAUUUUCCUCCCACUACAAAGAGGCCAGAGGACGAUCCUUGGAAUUGUCUGGUGUGCACGCUGUAAGUUACGCUGCGAAAUCAUGUGUGUUGUACGAUGAACCGACAGUUGCUUGCAUUUGGAAAGAACAAAUGAGCCGGGUCACUUGGCCUGUUCAACCUGCGCAACACCCCGGGGUGACUCUGAAUGGAUUAGGGGAAAGCAAUAAAUGAUGGAAGUAUAUACGUGUUUAGCCUGUGGAUACUUUGGAUCAUGACGACGGGAAUGAGUAGUUCCAUGAGAUGCAGGUCACGUGUCAACCACUGC